AUGAAUGGUGUCAGUGGAACGAAUUUAAGUGGAGGAGGGUCACAACUGAGAAAAAUGCGUUCAAGUGGUGCAACAACCUCACCACAUGUGGGAACAAGCAACGUAACACAAAAUACGGGAACAACAACAACAUUGGGAUCACAAUAUCAAAUUGGAAGAGUACUCGGCAGUGGCAAUUUUGGUGAGAUUCAUCUUGGUAGAAACACCGAAUCACAUGAACAUGUCGCCAUCAAAUUAGAACAAUCAUCAACACGUACACCACAAUUAGCUCAUGAAUAUAGAUUUUAUAAUAUAUUGGGAAAACUUGAAGGAAUACCGGCUGUUUAUUACUAUGGUCAAGCGGGUCCAUGUAACGCUUUGGUAAUGGAAUUAUUGGGGCCGUCAUUGGAAGAUCUGUUUGAUUUAUGUGAAAGACGAUUUACCUUAAAAACUGUUACAAUGAUUGCUUUACAACUGAUGGAUAGAAUUGAAUAUGUACAUUCAAGAAAUUUGAUUUAUCGAGAUAUUAAACCAGAGAAUUUUUUAAUUGGAAGAGGAUCCACGAAUCGGACUCAUAUUAUCCAUAUGGUUGAUUUUGGAUUAGCUAAAGAAUAUAUUGAUCCAGAGACAAAAGAGCACAUACCAUAUCGUGAACAUAAAAGUUUAACUGGAACAGCAAGAUAUAUGUCUACUAACACACAUUUAGGACGAGAACAGAGUCGACGGGAUGAUCUCGAAGCAUUAGGCUAUAUGUUUAUGUAUUUUCUCCGUGGAUGUCUUCCUUGGCAAGGCUUAAAAGCUGAUACAUUAAAAGAACGGUAUCAAAAGAUUGGAGAUACUAAACGUUCUACAUCAGUUGAAACAUUAUGCGAAGGUUAUGCACAUCAAUUCACAACAUAUUUACGUUAUGUUCGCGAUUUAAAAUUCUUUGACUCUCCAAGUUAUGAACAUUUGAGAAAUUUAUUUCGUAAUAUAUUGACUGAAAAUGAUUUGAUAAAUGACGGUGAUUUCGAUUGGGUACGCCGUAUUCAAGAACAUCGUAUGAAUCGUAAUAAAAGAGGCUCGACAACGAACCGACUAGCUCCAACCACCAAUACAGGAAUAACAGUAACUAAAACUGGUUUACCAACUAACACUCAACUUGGCCCAACAAACAUCGCUAUUUCAGACAUAAAUAAAAACAGCAAUAAUAAUACUACAAACAACGCUUGUCGUAAUCAUCAUCAUUCAGAUUCAUUUUUAGCAGGCGGAAAACUGGUUGAUACAAAGAAAAAACCCACUGCAACUACACAUACAACAAGUGCUAGUUCAAUAACAAAUAAUAAUAAUAAUUCUAAUUCAACAUCAAUGAUGCCGUUGACUAAUGGUUUAAAUAAGUCAUCAAUGUUACCCAUACGUUCAACAAACACAACAACAGGAACAUUAAAUGGAGGAUCAAAAACAACACUAUCACAAAUGACAACAAGUGUCAGCUGUAAUCAACAACCGAAACAACAACAACAACAACAACAAUAUCAAUCUUCUAGUGCCUAUUCCGUAUCGAGAGAAAAUAGACCAAAUCUUCUUCUCGGUCCACCGACAAAACGUCGAGGAAUUAUUCCGGCACCAACUCAUUCACCAUCAAAUAUAACAGCACCACCAUAUUAUUUACAUUCGUCAAAUUAUAAUUACAAUGCAAAUUAUAACAGUAACAAUAACAACAACAACAAUAAUAAUAAUAAUAAUACCAGUAUGUUAACAUCAACAUCAAAUGAACCAACAUGUUGUUUUUUUAAGCGUAAAGCUAAACGUGCAUUACAAUUAUCAUCGAGACGAUCCUAG